AUGCCCGAUCAUCAAUCUCAAGGAAGCAACAGCAGAAAUAGUUCCUACCAGCACUCGAACUCCAUCUCCUCCACACACAUACCAAUCUAUCAACCACUCAGUCAAGAAAUACAAUCCAAUCGAUCGAUAUCAACAAAUGAAACUAUUCUUUCGGAUCAACAUUCUCAAGAACAACAAAAUCUCUUAAUCGAAAUUGGUGGUUUGAAAUCCUUGAUGAAACCUUCUCUAAAGAAGAAAAGGGAUGAAGAGAGCACAAACCAACUCAUCAUCGAUGAUGAUUUGGAGGAAAUUGCAUUCCCGAACUGUGUUCACCUUAAGAAGAGUCCCGAAAAGAAAAUAUCGAAACGAACUUUGGUGGAGCAUUUGCACAGCAAAAAUCGAAAGAAAAAUGUAAAGAGGAAGAAGAAGAAGGAUUGA